AUGGCGCAAAUGCAAAAGUCCAUGGUCGCGGCUUUCUCUGCGAGACAUGGCGCAACCGUUGAAGCUAGUUCUAACGUGUCGUUCCCGGCCAGAGUCCUCGCACUAUCAACCGCAUUCGUCUCGUCUCGGUACUACAAGAGCGCCGCUUUCGAGCGACCUUUCCAUUUCUCCAUCUUGACCCUACUCCUCACCGGGACUGCGCUGUACCUCUGGUCACGCUUUGUUCUCCGCCAGAGCACCUCGUAUGAACCCAUCCGCGCGGCCAAUGGCUACGCUGGCAAGCAUGCCCCCGAAGGAUCGAAUCGGUUACGGAGGACGCUGAGGCUCCUACUGUCGACACCGCUAUCCUCACCGUCAUCGCUGAUACUGGUAACUUGCAUCGUCUCUCGGACGAUACUCUUCUGGAGGGUUAUCCGCACAAUACAUUGCUCCUGGGAUGGGCUGCAGAGCUUCCUCCCUUUUGCGAUCUCGGCAUACGAUGUCCUCGAAACACGACCGACCCUGUUACCGAGGAGUGGGCACGAUACCUCGGGACGUCCCAGCGGCGGAUCGCUGGGUUUGUCCUUCUACACGCUCGUGGCCUUGGCGUGGGGCAUUGCAACGACUGACACGCUGUUUCUGACGGAGCGCAGGACGGGCACAAUCUGCCCGCCCGGUAUUCCGGAACGCUUGAUACCGCUGGCGCAGUUGCUCAUGCUGCUUUGCGAUGCCCUCAUGCUGAUCCACGUCGGGCGGCUGCGGCGCGGUCAGGAGAGCAAGGGCAAUUCGUGGCACACGCUCGGCUGCCUAAUCACAUCAGCAGCUGCCGUGUUGGCUUUCCUGGCGUUCUGGUCCUGUUUUGAUCGCACCAACUUCCGCUGGAAUGUCUUCCUCACAUCCGUAUCUGUCGGUGACCUAGUUCUGGAUAGUGUUGCAGUAGCUUUAGCGUUGACUGCAGGUAUCUAUCUGUUGGGCACGGUUGACGCCGCCACUGUUGCUCUGAUGGUUACUGCCUCUGCCGUCUUCGUCCACCUCCAAUUGCGCAUAUUCGACGGAACGCUGAUCAAGGCUUGGUCCAACCUGUGGGGUCUAGGUACGGGUUUAUUUGUCUACCUGGGCGUAGGCGCUCUAUUGCAGCGGGCCCGGCAUACGGGAAACUUCGCAAGUCCAGGGCCAGAUUUGCCAUUUCACAAGAACAGAUUCGGUGCAUACUCCCUCCUGGCAUUUGCUCUGGUCAUCUCCCAGACAUUGAUGCUGGGACCUGGCAGAGUUCACUCAGACUCUAUCGCCAAAGUUAUCGCCAAGGCCCGGGGCGAGUCGGAUCAAUGGAUCUCAGGGGCUAUGCAAAGCAAGAACCUGAACGAAGCGGCUCUAGAAUACACCCAGAGAUACGGCAUACCACCGCCGCCGAACUUUGACAAGUGGUACGAAUAUGCCGUGUCGGUCAAUUCCCCAAUCAUCGACGACUUUGCACAGAUACAUACAGAUCUUCUUCCGUAUUGGGGUAUCUCACCAGCCCUCAUCAGGGAGCGCACUGUGCAUCUGCUAGAACAUCCUUUGCUUUCGUUCGGCGGCUUGAUCAUCGAAGGCGGAAAGGUUGAAAUCUCGCCGCACAUAAGAGGCACCCAUCGAUGGAUGAUGGAAGUCAUGCAAGGCAUGAUCGAGCCGUUUGCUCAGUGGCUACCUGACAUGCAGCUGGCGUUCAAUCUUGACGACGAAUGCCGUGUAUCUGUCCCGUUCGAGCGGCUGAACGCUUAUAGAAAUACAGGACUGAAGGCUCGGGCUCACGUGGCCUCGGGCGUUGAGUUCCACGGCUUCAGUCCUUCGCAGACACCACCCUGGCCGAAGGAGUACCUCGCUCCCCUGGACGAGGAAGCGGACAAGCCGAAGAAGGACGAGCUCUGGAAGAAAACGUCGCCAUGGUUUCAGAACUGGUCCAAGUCGCCUAUCUUCUACGAGUGGAUUUCAUCGGCUUGUCCACCCGACGCGCCUGUGAACAGCUUCCACUGGUGGAACAGGAAAGCGGAAUGCCCCUCGUGCUCUGCACCUCACAUGACGGACAGCGUGGUGUCCAACUGGACUCUGUCGGGAGACUUAUGCCACCAACCGGAUUUGGCCUAUCUUCAUGGCUUCCUUUCAUCGCCAUCUGCAAUGUCGGCGACCCACACUCUAUUCCCCGUAUUCAGUCAGAGCCGCAUGCACAAUUUCGCGGACAUCCUGUACCCUAAUCCGUGGAAUUUCGGCGACAAGGUAGCGUACGAUGAUGGGAAGGCGAUCCCGUGGCACCAGAAAAUGAACAGCGUCUACUGGCGCGGGGCCUCUUCUGAUGGAUUUGCAGCGCAUGGCGCCUGGCAAACUUUCCUGCGUGCUCGAUUUGUGUACAUGGCAGAACACCUCAAAUCCUUCUUUGGAACCGCCUCCUUGAUGAGUUUUGUUUCGGACAAGCACGUGGCUCAAACACCAUCCAUACACGCGAGCGACGACACACCGGUUGCUGUAAAUGUUUCCUUCGUCGGCAAGUUUGGACGUUGCGAUGAACGGGAUUGCAUAGCUGAGCACACCACCUUCUAUGGUAGCCCCACGGCCGAGCCUUCGCCUUCGCUGGACUUCCAGGAGCACUGGCGACACCGCCACCUCAUCGACCUCGACGGCGCUGCCUUUAGUGGUCGUUUCCUGCCCUUCCUCAAGAGUGCGUCGCUCCCAUAUCGAGCAGCUCUCUUCCGCACCUGGUGGGAGGAGCGCGUGCACCCAUGGAGGCACUUUGUGCCGCUCGACGUGCGGCUGAGCGAUAUUUGGACUGUCGUUAGCUACUUUGGCGGCAAGGGUGGCGGUGAUGCCGAGAUGAUUGCAAAGCAGGGCCGCGAGUGGGCAAACAAGGCGCUAAGAAAGGAAGACAUGCGAGCGUAUAUGUUUCGGUUGUUGCUGGAAUGGGGCCGCCUAGUGGAUGAUCGCCGAGAUGAGCUGGGCUUCGUUUCUACUUGA